CUGUCUCAAAGGUCAGAUCCAUCAAGCAUUGCACUUUCAUGAUAAGGUUAUUGCGAUGGGAUUUCAUUUGGACCAAGUUAGUUAUGGAACCUUGAUUAAUGGCUUGUGUAAAGUUGGUGAAACAAGAGCAGCUCUGCAAUUGCUGAGACGUGUAGAUGGGAAAUUGGUUCAGCCUAGUGUGGUAAUGUACAAUACCAUUAUCGAUGGUAUGUGUAAAGAUAAACAUGUUAAUGAUGCUUUUGAUUUAUAUUCUGAAAUGGUUUCUAAGAGAAUUUCCCCUGAUGUUUUCACUUACAAUGCUUUGAUUAGUGGCUUUUGCAUUGUUGGUAAAUUGAAAGAUGCAAUUGGUUUGUUCAAUAAAAUGACAUUGGAAAACAUCAACCCUGAUAUGUAUACCUUUAAUAUAUUGGUUGAUGCAUUUUGUAAGGAAGGAAAAAUGAAAGAAGCUAAAAAUGUGUUAGCUAUGAUGAUGAAACAAGGCAUGAAACCCAAUGUUGUUACUUAUAGCGCUUUAAUGGAUGGAUAUUGCCUAGUUAAAAAAGUGAAUAAGGCGAAGAGUAUAUUCAACACAAUGGCUCAGGGGGGAGUGAAUCCUGAUAUUCACAGUUACAGUAUCUUGAUUAAUGGGCUUUGUAAGAUUAAAAUGACGGAUGAAGCCAUGAAUCUCUUUGAAGAAAUGCAUUGCAGAAAAAUUAUUCCUGAUGUGGUAACUUACAAUUCCCUUAUUGAUGGUUUGUGCAAAUCGGGGAAAAUCUCUUAUGCUUUGAAGCUAGUUGAUGAGAUGCAUGAUCGGGGUGUACCACCUGAUAUAAUUACUUACAGUUCUAUAUUGGAUGCUUUAUGCAAAAACCAUCAGGUUGACAAGGCAAUUGCGUUAUUAACAAAAUUGAAAGACCAGGGUAUUCGACCAAAUAUGUACACAUACACUAUUCUUAUUGAUGGACUGUGUAAAGGUGGAAGACUAGAGGAUGCACAUAAUAUUUUUGAGGAUCUUUUGGUCAAAGGCUAUAAUAUAACUGUCAACACAUAUACCGUUAUGAUCCAUGGGUUUUGUAACAAGGGCUUGUUUGAUGAAGCAUUGGCUUUGUUGUCAAAAAUGAAAGACAAUAGUUGCUUUCCAAAUGCCUUAACUUAUGAAAUAAUCAUCCGUUCUCUGUUUGAUAAAGAUGAAAAUGAUAAGGCGGAGAAACUUCUUCGUGAAAUGAUUACGAGAGGCCUAUUGUAUUCUGCAACUAUGCUUUGUUCUUCACGGUUCAGGUGCGUUAUUCCUCUUUUCAACGAAACAAACCCUAAUUUCAUUCAUUCUUUUCGCUUCUCUUCUUCACCUUCAACCAUAUACACUCAAUUCAACAAUAAUCCUCAUCACGAAAACCUUAUUUCCCGAUUCAAUCGCUUAACCAAUCAGAUUCCAACCCCACCCAUAAGCCAAUUCGGAAGAAUCUUAGCUUCCCUUGCCCUUUCCAACCGUUACUCCAUUGCUCUUUCUUUUCAUCAAAAACUUCACUUUAAAGGAAUUAAACCUGAUUUAUUCACUUACAAUGUACUCAUCAAUUGUUUUUCUCAACUGGGUCAUACCCAUUUUGCUUUUUCCUUAUUUGCCAAUAUUCUCAAAAGGGGUUAUCACCCGGAUAUCGUAACGUUCAAUACACUCAUCAACGGUCUUUGUCUUAAAGGUGAAGUUCAUAAAGCAUUGAACUUUUUUGAAAAAUUGGUAGUAUUGAAAUUUCAGUUGGAUCGAGUUAGUUAUGAGACGUUGAUCAAUGGGUUAUGUAAGGUAGGAGAAACAAGAGCUGCGUUACGGUUGCUGAAAGAAGUUAAUGAGAAAAUAGUUCAGUAUGAUGUGGUAAUGUAUACCGCGAUUAUUAAUGGUUUGUGUAAAGAUAAGCUUGUUGAUGAUGCGUUUGAUUUGUAUACUGAAAUGGUUGCUAAGAGAGUUUCUCCGGAUGUUUUUACUUAUAAUGCGAUGAUUUAUGGUUUUUGUGUUGUGGGUCGGUUGAAAGAUGCUAUUGGUUUGUUUAAUGAUAUGAAAUUGGAAAACGUUGAGGCGGAUGAGUAUACUUUUAAUACGUUGGUUAGUGCUUUUUGCAAGGAGGGAAAUGUGAGAGAAGGUAAAGCUGUUGUUGCUGUGAUGAUGAAAGAAGGUGUGAAACCUGAUAUUAUUACUUAUAACUCUUUAAUGGAUGGAUAUUGUCUGGUUAAAGAAGUGGACAAGGCUAAGAAUAUAUUCAACACUAUGGUUCAGAGGGGAGUGACUGCAAAUGUUCGGAGCUACAGUAUCAUGAUUAAUGGAUUUUGUAAGGUUAAAAUGAUGGAUGAAGCAAUGAAUCUCUUCCAAGAAAUGCAUUGUAAAGAAAUAAUUCCUGAUACGAUAGCUUAUAGUUCCCUUAUUGAUGGUUUUUGCAAAUCGGGGAGAAUUCCACAGGCUUUGGAGCUUGUUGAUGAGAUGCAUGAUAGAGGCCAACCACCUAAUAUAAUUACUUACAAUUCUAUAUUGUAUGCUUUAUGCAAAAUUCAUCAUGUUGAGAAGACGAUUGCAUUAUUAAGAAAAAUUAAAGUGAAGGGUAUUCAACCAGAUGCGUACACGUACACUAUUCUUACCAAUGGAUUGUUUAAAGAUGGAAGACUAGAGGAAGCACGAGAAAUUUUUCCUGAUCUUUAAUCUUUUGAUUAAAGGCUACCGUCUCGAUGAAAGAUUGAAAUUAGGUAAGAUGGUUCUCUUUGUUACACAUUGUUAUUGUUAUUUUGAAUUUAUAUUUUAGUUAGUGUUGUCUUGGAAAUAUUGUUGGGUUGGGAUUUUACAGAUUAUAGAUGCCAAUAUAUUAUUCUCAACAGAUCUGAAAUUUAGGUCAAUACCAUCUGCGUUAUAAAGAAUGGAACUCACAUCUCCUUGUGUUGCACAAUAAUAGUUUAAAAUCUGCAUCUGAACUCGGUGAAUUGUAGCAGAACUUGGUUUCCAUUACUAUAAUUACAAUGAUUUUCAUAAAUACAAUGUAGUUUUGAGUUCGUUUCCACCAAAAUCUGCUAUCUGCUUUAGUAAUACUACAAUUUCAGUAAACUAGAUUGUAAAAUCGACUUUGUUGGAUAGAGUUCCGCUUUUUCAUCAGCAUUGUUGAUCCCUUGAAUGCAGUGCAUUUUGAAAAGGGGUUUUCUUUUGAACUUCACCUGUUUUCAAAUUUAGAAAUAUAAUUUAUUGUAUUCUCUGCAUUAUCCUUAUUAAAGAAGUAACCUGUUAGGGCUUGGCUUAUGUGUGUAAUACUUGAAACGAUUAUUUGUGUAUGUAUAUUAUGAACUUUAUCGUAAAAACUCAUGGCUUUGGAUAUUGAUUGCAUCCCAGAAAUUUGACUUUACAAGUACUUACAUUUUAUCCUACAUCAAGGAAGCUAGUCUCAUGCUCAUGUAAAAGUACGAACCAAAAGUAAUUGUAUAUUCAUCUACAAAUGGUGGCUCAAAUCCGAUUCUUGUUAUGGUAGAGGAUAUAACAUAAUUUAUUUGUUUGGUAUUGGAAGUGUAGAACAAGGGUCACUUUCUACUUUUGCUUGUGCAGGGUACUUAGUUUUGAUUAUCUGUCAAAUUGUAUCAAAGUCUUGACUAUAGUGUGUUUAGUAGUACUUGUGCUCAACAUCUCAAUAAAUUUUAGUGUGUUUCUUAAUUAAGAUUUCAAUAUAGUAUUUAAUUGCUUCUUACCAUAAUUUAAAAUAGUUUUACGCAAUUAAAACUAAGAGCACGAUCUAAUGAGAAUUAGGAUAACUAAUUAAGUAGGAAGUUGAUGAACCAGAAUUUGUCGCAUGGGAAGCUUAGGAAGUUCCUUCCAUUCGACAUCAACGCCAGCAUGAGUUCAGUCAAGGCAAGGGGGAAGAUGCUCACUCAAAGGGAUCUUGUGCAUGGUAACCCAUAUUGAUUGUUGCGUGAAAUGUGAGGGGUUUGUUACUUCAAUUCUAGCCUUCUAGGAUGCCUUAUCUCAAGAUAUUUGGUAAUAACCCAUGUCUGAGCCUGUAAAUUAAGGUUUAAUGUUAUUUCUGGGGAUUUGGAUCCUGUCCUUCUCCUUCCUUUUCCAUUUUGUGUCUUUCUGCUGGAUAAUUGGGUUUAUGUUGUAAAAAUAUUAGAAUGCAAAAAUCACUUUAUCAAUAAGCAAAACGCUAUAAAUACGAUGUCUCGUUCUUUCAUUGCUUGAAAUCUGAAAGUGCAUGUUAGAAUCUGUUAUGUCCUGUUCUGUGAUUUCUCUGUAUAAGUUCUGUAGGAGACUCAAUUUUUGGAAAAGUUAUAUGUGAGCAUGAGAAUAGAAGGUCACACGUAUGUUUGGUGCAGAUCAGUAAUAAGAAUAAUAUGAUAAGAAUUCAAAUAUGAACUCUGUUUUUGCUGGAUAAUUGAUUUUCUGCAUAUUGAAUGAAUUUACCAAUUAGGAUUCAUCAAAUUAGCAUGAGAUUUAUGUGAUGUCUUUUGCUUCAUUGGCUUGGGAUUUCAAUUGUAAAAUUGCACGCUUGACAGCAUGUUUAUAAAGGCUUCAAAUCAUAGUUAUCAACUUUCGAAAGUACUUCCCUUAAAAAACAAAAACUUUUGAAAGAACUUCACGAGCAUCACAUUCAAGGGAGAUGCUACCUCUCUGUUUUGCAAUUACAAUGAUUCAUUUGUUUUGUUGAAAGGUAUAUUUGUAGUAGGAGAUAGAAAAUCCACAGUUGUGUCAUGAGGACCCUUAUUGGAUAAUCUUCUCACUGAUUUAUAUAAGUUUAUAUGUUGAAGGUAUUGACAUGUCAUUGAGUUUGUUUUGUUUUGAUUUAAGCUACACUUUUGCAUUUUCAUUUCAAAGUUUUUUUUCACCUUGCAUCUUUGAGAAUUUUUUUGUUGUUCAAGGACUAUAAGUUUUUGGUUUUGCUACAUUUGUGUUAUUGCUUGAAGAGUUAAAAGUUGUCUUCUCAUUAUUCCUCGUACACCACUUGUGUGCCAUUGGGAUACCAAUGUUAUAUAACAUUGGUCAAUGAAGGUGUGCCACAAGUGGCCAAUGUUAUAUAGCAUUGGUAUCCCAAUGGUACACAAGUGGUGUCCUUAUUCCUCUUGCAGAAAGUAUAUAUGUAGAAACAGGUUAACAUACAAAAUAAGAGAAGUGACUAGACAAAGACAUUAUCUCCUGCUGUUAAACUUGGAUGAACCACUAUUCAGAGAGUUUUCAUAUGUAUUUAACGUAGAGUUUGUUUAUCAUGUGCUGUUGUAAAUUUUGUAGGAUAAAAUUUUAAUUUUCCUAAGACAAACGCUUCCAGGAUUCUACUUUUAUUUCUAUAGGUUAAAAUUUUGAUUGUCCUGACUCCUGAGUCCCACACUUUCAGGAUUCCUUUGGUACCAUUUACUUUUAUGAAUCAGAAGUAUCAAAGUAGAAUGAAAAAUGAUUAUUUAUGUUGUAGUUAUUGUCUUACCCAUUUUCCUUGUUCUGGUUAGAAACACUAGCUGAAAAUAUACAUGAUGUUACUAGUCACUAUUUCUGAACUAACAUUAUUUUAAUUGUAUUAUAGAUAGAUAUUCACUUAUAACAGGUGUGUAAAUUGCAUGGACGAUAUUACAUUUAUGAUUGAUAUGAAGCUUGAAUUUUUGGCAAAAUGAGACAGAAAGUUGAUUUGAUACUUCGGUGUCGACUCUUAAAAGGAAAAUAUGAUGGAAGCAAUAUAGCAUUGGUACAGCUGUGGUCUCACAUGUGUUCUUGAUUUGCUGGAUUGUUUGAAACGGAGCUUGUGUUCGUGCAUGGAUGACUGGGUUGGAUAGAGGAUUUCGGAUCAAAGAUAGUGAAAAUAGUAAACCAUCAGAUAUGCAAGACUGCAAGCUUACUGAGUUGGUGGAUGUUGAUGAAUUGCAAAAGUUUAGAAGAACUCACAACCAUGGGACGGUACAGCUUUGAACGAACUCAGAACGUAACACCUUCAUGACAGAAUGAUAAUGCAAUACAGUAAAGAGAAGAUGGAGCAGUUUUCUGUGUGUGAAUCACCGGAAACAGCUCGUCUCCUGUGUUUUCCUUCCUGCUCCUAAUCCAAUGGGUGAGGAGUUUUAAAGGAAAUAUAUAAAAAUAGAAAAGCUGUCUUAAAGGGAGACCAACUUGCAGCAGAAUUGGCAGGAUGAGAGGAUCCGGAUCUGUGAAUCACCUCCUAGAAGUUUGAUGACAGAUAAACCAAACAAAUUGUUCAAUUGAAGAUGAUGAUUCAAAACAGAACAAAACAAAUCUGGUGGUAUCUACGUGAAUUUUAAUGAAUGAAAAAGUGUAGAGUUUUUCUAUUCACACUAUAUAUUUCUGGUUACACCCAGUUUUUU